CGCGAUCACGUGCAUGCCGCGUUAUAAUCGCUGCAAACAUCUAUCAAUUCAAUGGCCGAUAUUACAGACGACUGGGUUGUUGCUGACAGCGAAGACGAAGAUGCUUUACGACCUCUUCAAAUUGCUGACCGAAGCGGCCUCUUGAGCGGAACCCCGUUUUCUACAGGCCCGGAGAUGAUACUACAGCCGUCAACAAUUCAGACUGCUUCGUUUAUUACCAGUCAAGCACAGACUCCCCAGCGAGGACGUGAACCUCUCGACACAAGUAAUGUGUCUCUGUUUACACCACCUCCAGGGUACCAAGACUCUGAACCACCAAAUACUUCUCCGUUACUUCCUCGUGGCGCUGGAACACCUGUACCGAAGUCUAAACCGCGCCCACGUCCUGUGCCGCGAAAGUCUCGGACUACGAGUACCAUAUACGACGACUUCAUCAAAGACGAUGAACUUCGUUCCUCUGGCUCACUCAUCGGCUCUGCAUCUGCAAUCCAAUCCAGUGCCUUGGCUGCAGACAGCAUCCGCCCUCCAACCACACCAUCUGCGGUUUCAGAUCUCAUCGAGGACGUCGAUCCUGUGUUUAGCAUUGCCGACCGAGCCAAGACGCGCACUCGAAAGACUCAGGUCAAGAAGCCGACUUACGUGCCUGUCAACUAUGAUGUGAUAGAGUUAACAUCCGACUCCGACCUCGACGAACUAUCACUGAAGCCUCCACGGAAGCGGCAGAAAUCCCAAGACAAGCCGGCCAAGCCCAAGCCGAGACCCAGGCCUAAACCGAAGCCUAAAGCUAGGACAUCGCCUUCACUGAGGUUCCUGAAGAAAGCAUCGUCGAUACUCAGCCGAGCGACGUUGUAGUUCUUCCUGCACCGCAAGAGCCAGCGCUUCCGUCUCAACUAUCUUUUACAACAUCACGCCUCCCGUCUUCUAUUCCUGCUUUACCCGAUCUGUCUUCUCCGCCCUCUUCUCCACCCCAGAUAACUCGUAAACGGAAGAAGGUUUCCCCGCUUCAGUCAGAGGUUCAUGGCGAAGAGAUGGAUGUAGACGUCCCCGAUACUACGUCGUCCUCUAUAUAG